UCUUUAUGAUCAUAACUUUCUUCUUGUUCUUCCUUCUUGGCAAUAAGAUUGUUCUAGCACAAGCAUUUGCUGCAGGGAAUAUAUUCUACACACUUGAAGAGCCUAUUAAGUGGAUCCCACAGUUCAUUGGCACAUGUGUCGAAUUUUUGGUUUCGAUGAACAGAAUUGAAAAAUUUCUGAAAUGAGACGAACUAAAUCCUAAAAUAGUAGAAAUGGAUAAUGAAUUCUGAAAGAAGAAUGAAAUCUCUAUAAUGAUAGAAGGAGCCAAUUUCACUUGGGGUGGUGGAAAAGUUAAGGAAACAGAUGAAAAAGGCAAGGAUAAUAAUGAUAAUGAAGAUGCUCAAGAAGAGGUCAAAAAACAUAAGUCUUCACACAAACCGUUCACCAUCAAUGAUGAAUAUCAAUCUUUGGAUACAGAUGAUAUUGAAGAAGGCACCACAACUUCUGAUUCUUCACAAAGUGAGCAUCAAGAAAAGAAGCUAAUUGAUAGUAUUGAACUUCAAGAUAUCAACCUCCAGAUCCAGGAAGGAGAAUUUGUAUGAGUUAUUGGUGAGGUCGGAUCUGGCAAAUCCUCUUUACUUAGUGCUAUUCUCGGAGAUAUGCUCUAUUUGAGCACAGAAACUAUCGAUGCUAAUCAAGAUAGAACACUAGAUGAUGAACUUAGGAAAGAGCUGUUGCAGAAGGCAUCAGUGGAACAAUCUAUAAUUAAGCUUGGAGGAUCCAUAAGCUAUGCUCAACAAGUUCCUUGGAUUCAGAACAAAUCUAUUCGGGAAAAUAUUCUGUUCGGCCUUCAGAUGGACGAAGCCAAGUAUAAUGAAGUAAUUGAGAUGUGAGAGCUAGGCCCUGACCUUGAGGCACUUCCUGGAGGAGAUCUUACAGAAAUUGGAGAGAAAGGUAUCAAUCUCAGUGGAGGUCAAAAAGCUAGAGUGAGCCUAGCAAGAGCAAUCUACGCAGAUAGAGAUAUUCUCCUAAUGGAUGAUCCUGUGAGUGCACUUGAUGCUAAUGUGAAGAAGAAGCUUAAAGAAGUGUUUUUAAACAAACUUAAAUAUAAGACCAGAGUGCUUGUGACCCAUGCAAUAGAUUUCAUUGAUUGAGUAGAUCGAAUUAUUGUAAUGGAAGCUGGAAAGAUAAAAUAUUGAGGAACAUAUGAAGAACUUGAGCACCAGGGGGAGAUAAAACAUAUAAUAGAAGCUCUUGCUCAUAAAACAAAAGAAAAUAAGCCAAAGGAAGAAGAGAAACAACUGGAAAAUAUGGAGGAUAAUAACAUUUUAGAAGAAGAAAACCAAGAAAAGUCAUUCAUAAGCGAGCAAGGAACCAGAGUUACAGAUGAGGAAAAUGACGAAAAGAUAGAUGUUGGAUGGAGAGUCUACUUUACCUUUUUCUUUUCGAAUAAGCUAUGGCUGUUCUAUAUUGCCACUUUCCCUUUAUUUGCAAUUUACGCUUAUUUCAUUGUGAAUCAUACAAUAACAUUUGGCUAUUGGAUCGAAGAGAGUUAUAAUGGUCUAGAAUACAGUAGAAACUUCUUCAUUGUUGUCUUUUAUCCAAUAGCUUAUUCUUUGAUGAUCUCAAUGAUUUCAGGAGUGAUCACAAUUUCUGUUCUCAGAUCAAGCAAACUUCUUUAUGAGAAAAUGACUAAUAUGGUUGGCAAUGCCCCCAUCAACCUGUAUUUUGAUAAAACUCCAACCGGAAGGAUCUUAAAUCGGUUCUCUAAGGAUAUAGAUAAAGUUGAUACACAAGUUGCUCAGCGCCUCAUGUGGAUAACUGAUUGAUAUGUAUCAUUCUUGUACAACUUGUUCAUUGCAAUCUUUGCAAUGCCAUGGUCAGCGACAAUUGUUCCAGUGACACUCCUAAUUUGCUAUUGAUUAACAGUCUUUUUCCUGAAGCCAUAUAGAGAUUUAAAAAGACUAACCAGCACCACUUUGUCUCCUCUACUAUCCCAGUUAUCUGAAACUCUUGCGGGAAGCAGUACUAUUCGUAGCUUCAAUAAUUAUCCCAACACCAAUAAUUUAAUCAACAAUUACGUGAAUGCUAACUUCUGGUCAGGCGCAAUGAGAAGAUGGUUCAUUAUCAGGUUAGAAUUAGCCUGAAGAUUAAUCAUCAUCCUUGGACUUGCUCUGAUGGUAUAUUUUAGAAAUCAGGUUGAUCCAGUACUGGUAGGGGUCUUCUUAGUGCACAUGUUGGGAAUGAAUGGAGAAAUCAUUCAAGGGACUUUAAUGACUACUGAGUUGGAAGCUGAUUUAGUCUCUUAUGAGCGGUGAACUAAGCUUCUUGAAAUCCCUCAAGAGAAAUCCAAUGGGUCUGAAACGGUACCCUCAUCAUGGCCACGAUGUGGAAACAUCCAAUUCAACAACUUCAGUCUCAAAUAUCGCCCUUCUACUCCUCUCGUGCUCAAGAGUCUUUGUUUUUCAAUUAAGAAUGGAGAGAAAGUCGGAGUCAUAGGCAGAACUGGUGCCGGUAAGUCUACGCUUUGUCUGGCACUAUGCAGAAUCAUUGAAGCUUAUCAAGGCUCCAUCAUCAUUGAUGGUCAAGAUAUUUCAAAACUGAGUCUUGAAGACCUCAGAAAUAACAUCACAAUCAUACCUCAAGACCCCACUCUGUUCAAUGGCACUCUCAGGUUCAACCUUGAUCCUGAAGGGAUCCAUUCAGACUCAGAGCUGCUUGACCUUGUGUCUCAGGCGUCUCUUGAUAAACUUGUCGAGCGAGACGCCAAAGGGCUUGACCAGAACAUUGAAGAAGCUGGAACCAAUCUCAGUUCAGGCCAGAAGCAGCUGCUUUGUAUCUGAAGAGCCAUUCUUCGCAAAAGCAAAGUUGUUUUGAUGGAUGAAGCCACUGCCAACAUCGACAUCAAAACUGAGCAGACGAUCCAGAAUCUAAUCACCACUCAAUUCACAGACUCAACUGUGUUGACCAUCGCUCACAGACUGAACACCAUCAUAAACAGCGACCGAGUCCUCAUACUUGACCAAGGUGAAGUGGUUGAAAAUGAGAGGCACAAGGUUAAUAAUCGAUAA